GCGGAGGCAGGCAGUGGAGUAGGGAUGGCAAGCUGAGGAGCCUCCACGCCGAAAGGCACUGGAGAAGGGGCUCCCCUUUUUGUUUUGGUCUGCGAGCCGGAGCAGAUUAUUUCCCAUUUUUUUUGGCUGUUGUUGUUGUCGGGUGUGAAAGCCGCCCAUCUGCUGCAGUCUGGGGUUUCCCGCCCUCUUUAAUUCGAUUUAAUGCAAUAAUAUAUUUUUUCCCCCGCUUUCCGAGGUUGCUUUUUUCUUUUUCUUUCUUCCAAAAUUAUUAAGUGUAAGAAGCCGCUCUGGCGGACGGCCUCUUUGGCAAUCGGCUUUGCAGCUGUCCAUUGAAGAGUUGGCUGCGGGGGGAGGCGGCGGCGGCGGCGGAUCUCUCUCUGGUGCAUCCGAUGCAUUUCUAAGCAGCUCGCCCGCGAGCUCCCCCGCCUCGAUCCGACUUGUUGUGUGGGCAUGAGCCGUCAUGGAGAGCGAUGGGCUUGGUUGCUCGCCUCGUGUGGGGGGGAUAGAGACGUGUUGAUUUCAUUAUUAUCGUUUUUUCCCCCCUGCCUUCCCUCCCCGUUUGGGAGGCUUUUCUCGGGGUCGCGUUGCUAGGAGCGGCGUGUAAGCAAUAGCCGCCAGUCACCUCGGGGGUUUCCAGCAGCCAGCUAGAGGAGGGGGCUUCGUCUUCCCCCACCCACCCCAGAUCUUAUUUUAUUGUGUUCUUCUACAAUCGCUUCCUUCCCCGCCCCGCUGAAGGGUAGAAAUUGGAGUCGGGCUUUUUUGUUGUCGUGUCUCCGUGCGAGUAAGGUCGGUGGGGGAAACCCGCAGCAAUUUCUUCGCUGCCAGCUCGGAUCGAGAGGGGAGAAAGAUGGAGGCGGUGAUCGAGAAGGAAUGUAGCGCUCUCGGAGGACUCUUCCAAACCACCAUCGGCGACAUGAAGGGAAGUUAUCCGAUUUGGGAAGACUUCAUCAACAAAGCGGGGAAGCUACAGUCUCAGCUUAGGACGACCGUAGUAGCAGCUGCUGCCUUCUUGGAUGCAUUCCAGAAAGUGGCUGACAUGGCGACCAACACCCGUGGUGCUACUCGAGAAAUUGGCUCCGCCCUGACCAGAAUGUGCAUGCGGCAUCGGAGCAUCGAGUCCAAACUCAGGCAGUUUUCAAGUGCUUUAAUCGACUGCCUGAUAAACCCACUUCAAGAGCAGAUGGAAGAGUGGAAGAAAGCAGUUAAUCAACUGGAUAAAGACCAUGCAAAAGAGUACAAAAAAGCCCGCCAGGAGAUAAAAAAGAAAUCCUCAGACACCCUGAAACUACAAAAGAAAGCAAAGAAAGCUGAGGCACUGGGAAGAGGAGACAUCCAGCCUCAACUGGACAGCGCGUUACAAGAUGUGAAUGACAAGUACCUCCUCCUUGAAGAAACAGAGAAACAGGCUGUUAGGAAGGCCCUAAUUGAAGAACGCGGCCGGUUCUGUUCGUUCAUUUCUAUGCUGCGGCCUGUCAUUGAAGAAGAAAUAUCAAUGCUGGGAGAAAUAACCCAUCUACAGACCAUAUCAGAAGAUCUGAAAAGCCUCACCAUGGACCCUCACAAACUUCCACCAUCGAGCGAGCAGGUAAUUCUAGAUUUGAAAGGUUCUGAUUAUGGUUGGUCCUAUCAGACUCCUCCAUCUUCUCCCAGUACCACCAUGUCCAGGAAAUCCAGUGUCUGCAGCAGUCUGAACAGUGUUAACAGUAGUGACUCCCGGUCAAGCGGCUCACACUCUCACUCACCCAGUUCACACUAUCGCUACCGCAGCUCCAACAUGCCUCAGCAGGCGCCGAUGAGGCUUUCCAGCGUGUCCUCGCACGACUCCGGAUUCAUGUCCCAGGAUGCUUUUCAGUCCAAGUCGCCAUCCCCGAUGCCUCCGGAAGCCGCCAACCAGAACUCGUCCAGCUCUGCCUCCUCAGAAGCCUCUGAGACCUGCCAGUCAGUGAGCGAGUGCAGUUCCCCCACCUCAGUCAGCUCAGGCUCGACCAUGGGGGCUUGGGCCUCCACCGAGAAGUUGUCUAAUGGGUUUUAUCACUGUAGUUUGUCAAGUGGUCCAUCCUUAGCCUCAGUUGGUGCAGGCCCCCUUCCUCAUUUCCCGUCUGUCUCCCACGCAUGGACCCGGGCUUCCUCUUCUACCCUCCUUCCAGACCACGGUCAUUAUUACACCAUUGGGCCAGGCAUGUUUCCAUCAUCUAAGAUCCCUAGCUGGAAGGAUUGGGCUAAACCAGGUCCUUAUGACCAGCCUAUGGUAAACACUUUGCAACGCCGCAAGGAAAAACGAGACGCGGACCCUGCUGGGGGAGGCCAGAAUGGACCGCCUCUGCCCACAGAGGAAGCCCAAAGACCCCGGAGCAUGACGGUGUCAGCCGCCCCAAGGCAAGGAGAGGAGAUGGAAGCCUGUGAAGAGCUGGCCUUGGCUCUAACCCGGGGGCUGCAGCUGGACACCCAGAGAAGCAGCCGGGACUCCUUGCAGUGCUCCAGUGGCUACAGCACCCAGACGACCACCCCCUGCUGCUCAGAGGACACGAUCCCCUCCCAAGUGUCAGACUAUGAUUACUUCUCUGUCAGCGGUGACCAAGAGACUGAGCAGCAAGAAUUCGACAAGUCGUCAACGAUCCCAAGAAACAGUGACAUCAGCCAGUCGUACCGCCGAAUGUUCCAUGCCAAGCGUCCUGCUUCAACUGCCGGCCUCCCGACCACAUUGGGGCCCGUGAUUGUUACACCUGGCGUCGCAACCAUCAGACGGACCCCUUCCACCAAACCGGCCGUCAGACGCGGGACCAUAGGUGCGGGGCCCAUCCCAAUCAAGACACCCGUGAUUCCUGUCAAAACCCCGACGGUGCCGGACAUCCCAGGAGGGCUGCCAAGUGUGCCAAGCAGCGCAGAAGAAAGCCCUGAACAAAGCCCGGAGGCAGGAGAGGGCAAGCACAGGGUCGCAGGGAUGUCCUCCUCUUGGAGCGGCCAGGCCUCCAUCAACCCUCCACCCACAAGCCAGAAGCCGAGCACCAUUGAGGAGCAGAGACAACCAGCCGCCGAAAGCGAGGGAGAAGAAAGUGAAAGGGAGAGCCCAAGUCUCACUGCUCCCCCGUGCCAGCCGGCCCCUCAGUCAGCAGGCCAGAGCCCCGGGGAGCCUCCCCAAGGUGAAGACAUGCUGAAUGCCAUUCGGCGGGGCGUUAAGCUGAAGAAGACCACCACGAACGAUCGUUCAGCCCCCCGAAUUUCCUAGAUGCUGGACCACUGCCAGAGUUUCCAACGCAACAGAGACUGAACUAUCUGAUGAAAUGGUCUCUCUAUCCAUUCCACUGUACAAUCAAGUUUUUAUAGGAUGCUCAGUUAACAGAUAGCUGGAAAAGCUCUCCUUAAAAAUUCGGGGCCAGGGAGGGUGGAGGAGGAGAAGGGAUUUGCAAACUUAAAAUGCUUAAGGCGCAACCUCUUCCUGACUUUUUUUUUUUGUAAAUACUGCUGAUUAUUUUUCUGCGCAAUUUUUUUUUAAAAAAAAUCUGAGUUUUCCUUUUAAUUUUUUUCCCCUGAAGGU